AUGUCGAUUAUAGACAAGUUUAUUUCUGAUAUCGAUCAGCGCAUCAAUGACCCUCAUUCUCGUACCCCUUCAAUGAGCUUCCGUGCAGACGAGUUGAAAGAGUAUAAUUCGCUUUUCCAAGUCCAGGAUGAAUAUACCUCGAAAUCAUGGGAGCCUCCAAAUCCUCUUCCACUUCAAAAGCCAGAGAAACCUAAAGGAGAGUAUGUUUUAACUUAGGCAGUGCCACUGAACGCCUUGCUAAAAAAGCGAGUUUCAAUGACCGCCGACAUUUAGAAGAAAGGUGAUUUCCAAUUAGACUGAAAAAAAUGCAAGAUGAUAAAAUCGCAGCUGAGAAGAAACCUGCAAAAGCUACUAAAAGAGAAAUUCAGGAUCGCCAGGAAUAUCUUCAUAAGCAAGCUAAUCUUAUGCAAAGGAAGCGAGAAAAUCAAAAAUUAGAACAAAUUAAGCAAGAGUUAACGAAAUUAUCGGGACCUUCUCUGUCGAAAAAAUCUAUUGAAAUUACGAAUAGCCAAGGAAGAGCUGGAAAAAUUGAAGAUAGGCUUUUAAUAGCUGGCCAGAGAAGCAAAAAAAAUGCACAAGAAAGACUGGCAAGCAAUGAAAGAGAAUCAAAAGCAAACGCAGUUCCAGUUAUAACCCCUUUUGCGUCAAAAAUUGUCAGGGAAGGAGAUAUAGUAGAUCGGCUUGCGUUAUAUCAGAAAAUAUACAAAGAUAAAAAAGAACUUAUAGGAAAAGAACUGAAAUCUGAGUUCUCUUUUCAACCCCAAAUUAAUAGAGAUUUUAUAUCAGAACGCCCAGCCCUGACUUCAGUGCGGUCAGAGGCUACAUUUAAAGAAGAAUUUCCUUUCCGGCCAACAUUAGAUGAGAAUUCAAUGAAAAUUGCAUCUAGGCUAGGACCAUUUGGAAAUCUUAAUCUUAAUAUUAUCUAUAAGCUUAACGUCCACUACGGGGUAGCCAACUCCAGAGCUGCCACCAUAUUUAUCCACGUGUCGGGUCCAGAAAUCGCUGGAUCGAUCCCUUUUGAUCUCCAAGGCACGGGUAAAUAAGGCGUUCCGGCUUCGACGGGCUUCGCUGCCGCCACGGCUUUGUUUCGACUCAGCUCCUGCGCGUGUUCCGCCUGAGGGUCCAUCUCCCUUGGGAUGUGCUGAGGGGUAAAAACUCCAGAUCUUGAGCGCACUGAGGAGCAGUUUCCUUUGGUUAUCCCCAAAGUUAAACCGCUAUUGCUGUGCAGAAGUUCUUGAGGUGAAAACCCAACCCUAUAAAUAAAAUUGCUAGAGUGAGAGAAAGUUAGCGGAGCUAACUUCGCUUGAGCGAAAGCCAUUUUAUUUGACCAUUUGGAAAUCGCUCUACAAAGCACAGUAGAAUUGAAGCUGAGCCAUUUCCUUUUAAACCCUCAAUUAACAAGUCUACUAAUAUAGAUCCAAGAGCUCGAAGCACUUCGCCGAGAUGGAAAGGCUUAUACGACCUAAAUUUCGAAAAGCGCGAAAAAAUUGAAAUACUUAGAAACGAGUUCCAAGAAAGCCAAAGGGAUCUGGAAUGCACUUUUCAUCCCAAAACGACUUCGCCAGUAACCUCGACUGACCCCAGCAAAACCAUCCAAAGACUUUAUAAUUGGGAAAGAUUGAAAACUAGCAGAAUUGAAGAAAUUAAGGAAAAGAAAGCAAAUGAAGACUUGGAGAACUGCACUUUUAAACCUUCCCUACAAGCUAAGCCAAACUACGACGAAAGCGAUGAGUUCGCUAGAAGAAGCGUGCAAGAGUUUCUCGAUAAAUUGACUGACUCACCACCUUCAUAAGAUUAAUAUAGAUCUCAUUGAAGGUUUGAUAUGAAUUCAUUUUAAUAUGCAAACAUAGUAUUGAAAAUUGAAAAUAACUAAAAAAAAUUAAAAAUCUUAUUUAAAAUUUUUCUAUUAAAAUUAUUAAUUUGGGAAAGAAAAAGCCUGAAAAACAAUUUUCGUAUAUGCAAAAUUAUCAAAUGAAGCAGGACUACAAGCAGAAAAAAAUUCCAGAUGAUUUGUCGAUUCCUUUGAUCGACGGCGACAUAAACUCAAUGCAAUACGACGAGGCGAUUCAAGAACUUCAUGAUCUGCUUCAUAAAUAUUACUAG